AUGAAGCUGUCCACCAAGAGGCAGCUGUGGGUGUCCAGUGCGGGGGCGUGGCCCACUGGGGUCCAGCGCUGCGGCCGCUACGGCGCCGGCUGUGAAGACUGCUGCCUGUCCAGAGACCCGUACUGCAGCUGGGACGGACAGGCCUGCUCCCCGUCUUCCCCAGCAGCAGGAGGUCCGUCCCCCGCCGAGGACACGUCACCUGCACCGUCCCCCGCUCCGACUCAGGUAUGGAGACCCCUGGAUCAGUGUCCCGCCACAGAGGACGAAGUGGAGGUGAGGCCGGUCUUCGCGGUGGAGGGGAACUCCUCCUUCCUGGAGUGUUCUCCUCGCUCUCCUCAGGCCGAGCUCAGGUGGAAGGUGCAGCUUCCUGACAGCGAGCAGCAGCAGAGUGUGAGCGACCCGGAGGAGAGCAGAGAGGUGCCGUUGAGCUCCUCCUCUCGGUUCCUCCAGAUGAGUGGCGGGUUGCUGGUUCGAUUCCUGGCGCUGUCUGACUCUGGGCUCUACACCUGCUCCAGCCAGGAGCGCUCGUACAGGCGGGUCGUGGCCCGGUACCAGCUCCACGUGGUCCCGAGCGCGGGCCUGGGCGCCACCCGUCACCCGCAGCCCCGCCCCCACCUGUGGCUGCCUCCGCAGGCCACGCCCUACAGAGACCCGCGCCUGGCGGGGGGCAACAGCCUGAGCGCCGAGCGGCACUGCGAGCAGCUGUGGUUCCGCGAGAAGCGGCGGCAGCAGAAGCUGCGAGCGCUGAAGCUGAAGGAGGGCCGCAAGGCCCGGUGUGGAGGAACAACCCCGCCCUGCCCCCCCCAUAGAGCCCCCAUGGCCCGGGUGAGGAGGAACAACCCGCCCUGCCCCCCCCAUAGAGCCCCGCAUGGCCCGGGUGAGGAGGAACAACCCCGCCUGGCCCGGCCGCCCCCCUCCGCUGUGGUCCUCCAGAUGUUGACAGCUGUUUGA